GUGGUUUUGCAAUCUCAUUUCUGAGGUAAGUUGCAAAUUACUUAAACUGUUUAGAUAACCUAAAACGGACGGUUAUUUUGCAAGAUACUGCCGACCAGCAGUUCAUAAUUUUUUUAUUUCUUCAAGAAAAGAAUCCCAGAAUUUUCAACAAUCGCUCUACAGUAACGACGGACUCUUAAUGGAUUUCUCUGCUGUCGAAAGUUAAAUAUACAAGAGUCUCAACAUUCACUGUAGUACUUCGUGGACAAAACUGAACCUCGAGAGGAAAUGAUUUCUCUUUUCAUCUUGAGCUUGCUUGCUGUUGCCAGCUCAAGUACACAGAGUAAAAAGAACCAUGUGUCUUCUAUCCUGGACCGAAUCUUGAUACACGAGAAGUACGACAAACGACUCAGACCCAACUAUGAAGACGGACCUGUCAUUGUUAAAGUUGGUUUUUGGGUUCUCUCAAUCGAUUCGAUCAAUGUCGUAGACAUGGAUUACUCUUUGGAUAUAUUUUUGCGGCAGUCGUGGAAGGACGAACGCAUGGCACACGAGCUCAAUAAAACAAUGUUUCUAAGUAACACAGUAAUGGACCGAAUCUGGAUGCCUGACUCGUAUUUCGUUAAUGCAAAACAUGGAGCUUUCCACAAAGUCACUAAAGAUAACAUGAUGAUUAUGAUUGAUCCAGUAGGGCUGGUGCAGUAUAAUGCAAGAGUAACUAUUCGCCUAUCUUGUCCCAUGGAUCUACGAGCUUUCCCAAUGGAUACACAAAGCUGCCCUCUGACUAUAGAAAGCUAUGGUUACAGCACUGAACACAUUGUGUUUGAAUGGGAGAUAUCAUCCAAUGAUGGCAUGGGUUUUGUACCUGAUAAUCUGAAAAUGUUACCGCAAUACAAGCUAUCUCGAUUAGAAUUGACCACUUUACACAACAAAUAUGUCGUUGGUAACUGGUCAGGAAUCAAAGCUACCUUUACAUUUGAACGACUCUACAGCUAUUUUAUAAUUCAUGUAUAUGGACCAUGUUCUCUAAUAGUCAUCAUUUCUUGGGUGUCAUUUCUACUUCCACGUGAACAAGCACCGGCGAGAAUUACUCUAGGAGUUACUUCAGUCCUGACAGUGGUCACUGUGCUAAACAUGCUCAAUAAUACGAUGCCAAAGGUCAACUACGUCAAGACAAUUGACAAAUACUUGAUUGGGUGUUUUCUGUUCGUUUUCGCAACACUAUUAGAGUAUUCUUUGGUUUUGUGGUUUUCCAAGCGCUCAAAGAAAUACAAACAGGAAAAAGAAGAGUGGACAAAAAAAUACAAUUUGUAUACAGAUAAAGAAGAACAAGAGAAAAUCAAUUGCAAGCAAAAGAUGAACAAUGGUAAAUUAUGUAGCUCUCAGCUUGUUGUCAUGGAACAAGAACAGAAUGAAGCACUUCUUGGCAGAAGAUUUGAUUCACCAGCCAAAACCAGAACGAGAACAUCUACACUAUUGUUAACAGCACCUUUUCCUUGUAACAAAAUCAAAGAAUUCUUGUACAGUGAGACAUUUGUGUUGGCAAUAGAUGGAUACGCUCUUGUUUUUUUCCCCUUUGGUUUUAUAACUUUUAAUGCAGUUUACUGGAUUUCUUUUCUUUCGUUUUCCGAUAUUUUUGGACUAUGAACAAAAAUUGUUUCGAAAUUUACCAACCAAAAGACGUCAUAUCUCCCUUGCGGUCACUUUUCGUGUUUCAUUUUCUUAUCAACACGAGACUUGUAAUACGUCUGUUGCUAUCUCAUAAGGGGGAUGACUAUUACAAAUUAAAGGCUUUACAAGGAAUGUAAGGAGAUUUACUAAGGACAUUACUGAGAAAUUCAGCAAAUGGGGUGUGUCCAUUUGGAUCCGCCCUUUGAACUUUGAGAAAUCAAGAGAGAAAAAUAUGGCUAUUCCACUUCAAAUCAAAGAUGUUAUCUGAACUGCAAACCACAAGAAUGGUUCAUGAGGACAAAUGAAUACAUAAAUGAAACGAUACAAAGAGGURCCUUUGUAAGGAUAAGAAACGCGAAAUAUGAAUAUUACAUUAAUAUUAAACCUAAUUUUAUYGAAAAAUUGAAAAGAAAUCAUCAAAAAAUG